ACAAGAUCUCUCUCAAUCAGUGUGUUGAAAGUGUGCACCAUGAAACCCAAACCAUCGUUCUUUCUCUUUCCCCAAACAUCAAGUUCCCCUCUUCCUCCUCGCCGCUAAAUUCGACCUCAAGCUACGGCGAUGGAUUCCAGGGCGGAGGCGGAGCGCUCCAUGUUCGAGACAAGCCACGUCCUCGGCGCUCUCCUCGCCUCCUCCCCUUUGCUGACUCAAGCGUGGAACCGCUCCAUGCGUGUCAAUGCUGGCAACGCGAGAUUCGUUCUCGACAGGAGCGACGACGCGGUCUUCGUCGCCUUCUCCGGGGCGCAUACAGACGCUUCGCCGUCCGCGGCCUCGUCUGGCCUCGGCGGUGGGUUCUUCGAGCUUGUUCCCCUUUACAGUGGCGCGCAUGAGCUCUUUGAGCCGCUGGGCGGAGGCGAAGGGGACGACGGCGGGCAGCCGCCGCCGGUCCUCCUCCAGGCCGGUGCCCUCCGCCUGUUUAUGAGCUUGUACCAUAGCUCCGAGUUCCAGGUGCUGAUAUCAGAGACCAAAAACAAGUCCGUGGUAUUGACUGGUCACUCUGUGGGAGGUUGCAUGGCCUCCCUUUUGGGCCUCUAUUUCCUAUGCGCAUCAUCUGCUCGGGCAAAUGCUCCAACGCCUGCUUCACUCCUCUGUAUCACAUUUGGGAGCCCAAUGAUAGGGAAUGAGACACUCUCUCGAGCAAUUCUUAGAGAACGAUGGGGUGGAAGGUUCUGUCAUGUUGUCUCACAGCAUGACAUCAUGCCGAGGCUGCUCUUUUGCCCUCUCAACUCCAUGCCUAACCAGUUUGCUACCUUAAUUCACAAUCUCAUGCAAUCAUGGCAAGUUUCAAUGUGUAAUCCUCAGUCCUCAAGAUCCACAUUGGGCAUGUCUGACAACCAGAAAGCAGAGCUGCAUCAUUAUAUAUCUAUGCAUAUCAGUGAAGCGGCAGCAGAGCAGAAGCAUCAAAUGGAUAUUUAUCGACCAUUCGGAAACUAUGCUUUAUGCUCCACAGAAGGAGCAGUGUGCAUCAGUGAUCCACUGACUGUUUUGAAGAUGCUCCAACUAACGUUCAUGACAGGUGAUGCAAGUAGCAGCAUUGAGGAGCAGCACAUUUCCUAUGGGGAUCUCGUGUCAAAGUUAUCAGAAAACCUACAAUUCAAAAAGAGACUCCACUCUGAAGAAUAUGAAACCAAGUCUAACUAUAGCGUGGGGGUCUCACUGGCACUGGAGGCAUCAGGCCUUGGAGUGCAGGACAUGGGGGCCAUGGAGGCACGAGAAUGGCUUGAAUUGAGCAUGUGUCGGCGCCCAAAUCUAAACAGUGCCAGUCUAGCUAUAAAGCUAGCCAAGGUGACACCAUGCCGUGCUCAGAUUGAGUGGUACAAGGACUUGUGUGAUGAUGACAUGGGCUACUAUGAUUGUUUCAAGCUCCGGAAGGCGCCCAAGCGUGAUAGCAAGGUUAAUAUAAACCGCAUCAAGCUUGGGCAUUUCUGGGACAGUUUGCUCUCUAUGCUGCAGGACAACAAGCUGCCACACAACUUCUUGAAGCGCGACAAGUGGGUCAAUGCUGCUCAAUUCUACAAGCUCCUAGUUGAGCCCCUGGACAUUGCCGAAUACUACCGGUGCCAGCUCUACAAGACCAGGGGCCACUACCUGAACCAUGGCAGGGAGAGGAGGUAUGAGGUGUUUGACAAAUGGUGGAAUGAGGAGAAGGCUGCCAACCGGAAGAGGAGCAAGUUUGCUGGGCUGACGCAGGACUCAUGUUUCUGGGCCAAGGUGGAAGAAGCAAGAGAAUGGAUCGAGAAUGCUCAGGGCGAGAAAAACCCCACCAAGUUGGUGAAGCUUUGGGAGAACAUCAAUGGCUUCGAAAGCUAUGCAAAUGGAUUGAUCGAGAGAAAGGAGGUGUCGAUCGACGUGUUGGCUCCAAGAUCGAGCUUUAGCUUUUGGGUGAAUGCGGUGAAGGAGAUGAAGCUGAAGCAGGCAUGCAGUGUACCUUCUUCGACUGUUCUAGUUGGAGUAACUGGAGGCAUGUAAGGUAUGUAAUUAUAUUUUGAAAUUAACACUAGUAAUACAGUUUAUACUUAGAAAAAUUAGCAUUAGUGUUCUUAAUCAGUAGUGAUAAAUCAUCAUUAUAUAAAAUGGAGGUUUUAUAUCAGUGCUCUGAUCUGAUUACAUUGUACAGUUGAAUAAUUGUUUAAGUUAUGGUAUGCUAGUCAUGAAUGUCAAUUUCUUAUAA